GAAUUGGUUGAUGCAGAAACGCACUCUGGCAACACUCGGGCAUUAUGGCGUCCUCGGCAAUUUCAAACAUUUAAAAUGUUUUGAAUAAUAUCGAAUUUCAGAAGUUUCGUAGGUUUUAAAAGUCUCUUGAAGCGAAAUGCUACCGUACAAACUGGUGUGGUAGCUGAACAAAGGGUAAAUUACCUCUAUGUAUCUUUGAAUUCCCAAAGCUGAUGGCACCGUAGAAAUGCGAUUCUAAAGUUCAGCUUUGGGAACCAAGUCAACCAAGUCGGCAAAGUUACGUAUCACCCCGCUACCUGGCUUAGGGUCGGGUAUGAACGCGGCCGUCUCGAAGAUGAAAAUACCCGACUUCAGUGGUCCGUCCUACAAGAGGAAACCGUGGAUUCCACCACCCGCCUUGACGUCCAAGGAAGACCGAGAGGAGAUUUCGAAAACCGGGAGGGUGACAAAAAAGGCUCCCCACCGACCCUUGUCACCCGAGUACCCGAGAGGCACGGCGAUCCCGCUGCACCCUUACGACAGCGCCUGGCUCACGGACGGCGUAGCAGCUCCGUCUACGUCGUCGUCCGGCAGUUCCCAGCCUUUCAUCUCUCGGUUCGCGCACCCCGACCGUGCGAAGGAUCGUGCGGAAAGUGCUAGAGAGCUCCGGGACUCCUCCACGUGGACGGAGAACAGAAAUCGGGCGACGGAAACCCAGACAGACAUCAACCACAAGGACUCCAAGAUGGAGCAGUUGCAGCACGAAGUGGCGGGCCUGAGGGGAGCAUUGGAAGUAGAGAAGCUGACCCACGUGGUUGCCCAUUUUGAAGUGGAGUGCCAGGACUUUGAGAAGUCCCUGCAAGAGAAGGAGCUCAUGAUGAAACAGUCUAGGCAGUCUCUGAGUGCCAUGCUUGCCCACCUUGAUGCACUAAAGGCCACGCUGUCCAUAGCCAAGAACAGCACAGAGACCGCCCUUGAAGCGAAGCAUCACAGAGAUGUUCAGCAUCGCACGAGUUUCCUAAAGGAGAAGGCAGCAGAGCUGCGUGGCGUGAUCUCAGCCAUUAGAGACAACGGCGAUGAUUCAGCACUGAACUUUGCCUCGGGCACCGUUCCCCGCAUCUGGGAGCAGCUGGUGAAGGUGCUGUCCAGAAUGGAGGAGGACCGACUGACAUCCUCGCAUGAAGACUUGGUCAGGCACCUACAUCAAAGCCUUAAAGACAAGGAGGAGCACAUGGUACAACUCGAACGGGAUUUGGCUUACUACAAGAAAAGAGAAGAGCAGGAGAAAGAGCGCCAGGACCGUUGCUUAGACACCAUUGAAGAGAUGCAGAGAAAGCACCGUGAAGACAGGGACGCCCUGAAGAAAAGUUCAAAGGCUUUCAGUCGUAAGGUAGCGAAGUACGAAGAAUCGUUACAAAGCAUCUCACUCGUUUUAAAUCAGAAGGAGAAGGAGCUUGGUCAGCUGACCAGAGAGCGAGACGACAUGCGCGCGAUGGUCGAGAGGAUGACGCUGGACAAAGCAGACAUGGAGCGAGCACUGGCGACAGUCAAAAGGAAGCUGGUUGACCUGGAGCCACUCAUUCUGAACCCAACGGGGGACGCUGAAGUCAAGCUUUUAAAACUGGAGCUGAGUAGGUGUAAGAGUGAGAUGGAGCGGCUUCGUCAGCGUGCCUCAACCCCUCACAGCGCAGACUUGUGUGCCAUCAGUCGCCAGCUGCAGAUGCUGAAGAACGAGCUGAAGAAGAGCAAGGACCCGAGUUCACGCCAGCUGGUUGGCGCCGCUGAAAAGCUCGAAAGGGACAUCUGGAAUCUUAAUCCGGUAGAAGGCGAUCCUCUUUACCGUCAGCCCAAGGAACGGCCACAAGAAAAAGAAAGGAUACCGUCGCAUGUUGCCACCGAAGGGAGGGAUCAUGUGCACAGUGCCCUGUACCGGAGACCUGGCGACGACGACGACAAGGAGAAGCUGCAGUUGAUUGCCGAGAAUCAAGAGCUGCGUGAGAAGUUGAACAGGGAGAUUGCAAGCAACCGAAACCUGUCUUCCUACAUCACUACACUACGCAGGAGUUACGCAGCUGUGUUUCGCGAAUCGCCCGAAUCUUCAGCGAGGCACUCUCUCUACGAGGAUGACGACCCCAAUGUUACCUCUCCACAUGGCUCUUAACGUUUUUUCUGAACCUUGUCUUUUUUUUUUUUUUGAUUUUUAUAAUUGGACGAUUAGCAAACAAGUGCUGAGCUAAGAUCGAGAUGAGCAUGUUUUUGAAGUACACUGCUGAAAAAUGUUCGAAGUAGGGAUGGAAUGGACAGUCCAUUUUUUGUGAUAGUAUAUCAUAGUGUCUCUGAAUGCGCUUUCUUUACUUUAGAACAGUGCUG